AUGAUGAAGAGGAAGGAAAGCAGAAUCAGCACAAGUUCUAUAUCGACCGUAUUGGACUUUCAAAAGCUGCCAAUGAUCAGAAAUGAAAGUGAAGAUCGGGAUUUCUCGUGUCCAAUCGAGAACGUCCACAAGAUCAUUUCGCUGGCACAAUGUUCACCAUCGGUGGUAGAGAGAGUUGUCUCGCUCGGAUCUCUUUCGGACAACUUUGGUCCACUGACACCACGACGAAACACUGACGAUGAUAUGGAAGAGGACGACGAAUCUGACAUUGAAACAGAGCUGGUGAAUGUCGCUCCUAUGCCCACCAUUGGCCCAAGAACUCCCGUUGCUUCGAGGGAACAUCGUCCAUGCGAUCCUGUCGCCAAGUUCUUGCUUUCCAAAUGUUAG